AUGGUAUUUCCGGAACGUUACUCACUUACAACUGACGCGGUCAACCCCGAGCGGGGGCCGCCCACACCGCAUCCCAAGUUUCUCAAGUUUAUGCGGGUUGUAUUUACCCUACUUGUGUGUCUCAUGGGGCUUGCCACCUCAAUCAUGUCGAUUGUUGCAGUGCAGUACUUUAACGACCAUCGCGGAAAAAUGAUCCUGCCUUCGUGGGGUAGUCUCAUUUUUCUCGUCUUCCUCGGCUUCUUUACCUGCUUCAUGUAUUUCGGGUACUACCUCUUUUUGCCUCACAUGUGGUUUAUCCGCCCCGGCAGCUUUUUGUCGGGCCUGUUUAUGAUGAAAAUUGAAGUCAUGUACUUGUUUGCCAUGUCCGCCAUUUGGAUCAGUGGCGCACUUGCCUACGCGUGCGAUUUCCGCGGCCAUGAUACCUGCUUGUUUGACGGGUACUACCACGAUCCGAAGCCUCAGGAUUGGGGGCAUUUGUGUGAUAUUAUCAACUGGGUCGUGCCGCUCGCGUACACCACGUUUGGCGUGCAAGCUGCGUUCCUUGGAUUUGAAUGUAUCAUGCUGUCGUACAUGUUUUUGUUCAUUGACCAGGACUCGAUCAACGAGCCGUUUUACUCGUGGGGCCAACGCGCGUACGACUUUAGGCAUCCGCCGCAAGCGGCACUUGCUUCGUCCAACCAGCCUAUGCUGUACCGUCCGAAAGGCCGUCCGGCUGCAGAGCGUGGCAACUUUAUGGACAACAAACGUGGCGGCGAUGCGUACCAAACCUAUAACGAAAAGCGGUACUAUGACGAGGACGGUUUCUCCACCCUCCGCCACAGCUCCGCCUCGGGUUCUGGCAGCAGCCAAUUUGAUGAAAAGUCGAUGGUCAGCCAUGCGCAGAGCAGCCGCGGACGCGAUUAUAGCGACCCGUCCUCUGCUUCUGCCUCGACGUUUGACUCGGGCACGAUUGCGAGCCAGUCGAACUAUUACGGCGGCGCGUACUCGCGUGCGAGCGCCAACGGGCGCCGCGCAGGUCUCACCGAAGCUCCUGUUCCUGCCGGUGCUGGCGGAACGGGUACCAUGCGCGCUCCGACUUGGUCUGCGCCAAGUAUCACAACAGAUGGUGAUUCUGUGCGCGAUAAUGGAUCCUGGUCGCCCUCGCUGCGUAAUGCGGCGUCGAUGCGCCAGGGACGCCGCGUUUCUGCACCUGUUUCGCUUGGCGCGCGUGGUCGGCGUGGCACUGCAUAUGUACAGUCGGACAAUGGAACGGAUUUGUCCGACGAGUACACCUCUGCAAUUGUGCCGGAUCUCAAACGCACCAACUCUGCCAAGGCGCGAAAUCCCGCAAGCGGGCGCCUGGCGAAUGCAAUGCGCGAUCAGUUUGAUGGCGACGAGGAAAGCGGGUGGCACCUGCGCGAAGAGUAG